CGGCCGAGGGGCCCCGGCGCCGCCACGGGCCGGACCCGGCAUCUGCCCUGUCCCUCAGCUGGUUUUGAGCCUCCUGUAGCUGCUCUCUGAUGCUGGAGCCCCUGCUGAAGGAUGCAGCCGCAGGCGCCCAGGGCUGUCUCGCUAACAAGGAGCAGAUUCCUCAAAAGCCUGCGGAGGAGACGUAGGAUCUUCAAGCAAAUUCUGUCAGCUGGAUCCCGAUAGCAGAUAAACUCAUUUGACCACCAUGAGUUGGAGUUUUCUGACCCGCCUGUUAGAGGAGAUCCAGAACCACUCAACCUUUGUUGGCAAAAUCUGGCUGACAGUGUUGAUUGUGUUUCGGAUUGUCCUAAUUGCUGUGGGAGGAGAAUCCAUUUAUUAUGACGAACAAAGCAAGUUUGUGUGCAACACGGAGCAGCCUGGCUGCGAGAACGUCUGCUACGACUCCUUCGCCCCUCUCUCGCACGUCAGGUUCUGGGUGUUCCAGAUCAUUCUCGUGGCCACUCCCUCCGUGCUGUACUUGGGCUACGCCAUCCAUAAGAUCGCCCGGAUGGUGGAGCACAGCGAAGCCAGCAGGAGAGCCAGGAGGAGGAGCUUGCCCAUCCGCUGGAAACAGCACCGGGGCCUGGAGGAAGCUGAGGAUGACCACGAGGAAGACCCAAUGAUGUACCCAGAGAUCGAGGUGGAGAGCGUCCGGGAGAGUAAAGAGAAGCAGAGCCCUGCCAAAGCCAAGCACGACGGCCGGCGGCAGAUCCGGGAGGACGGGCUCAUGAGGAUUUACGUGCUGCAGCUCCUGGCCAGGGCCCUGUUUGAGGUUGGCUUCCUGGUGGGGCAGUACUUCCUGUACGGCUUCCAGGUGAGCCCCGUGUUCGUGUGCAGCAGGAAGCCCUGCCCGCACAACGUCGAUUGUUUCAUUUCCAGGCCGACCGAAAAGACCAUUUUCCUGCUGAUAAUGUAUGGGGUGAGCUGCAUGUGUCUGCUGCUGAACGUCUGGGAGAUGCUGCACCUGGGCUUUGGCACCAUCCGGGACACGUUGAAUGCCAAGAAGAAGGAGCUGGUUGACUCUGGGACCUUCAACUACCCCUUCACCUGGAACACGCCCUCAGCUCCGCCGGGCUACAACAUCGCGCUGAAGCCGGAGCAGAUGCAGUGCACGGAGCUGUCCAACGCCAAGAUGGCCUACAGGCAGAACAAAGCCAACAUAGCUCAGGAACAGCAGUACGGCAGCAGCGAAGGGAACAUUCCCGCCGACCUGGAGAUCCUGCAGAGGGAAAUCAAAGUGGCUCAGGACCGCCUGGACCUUGCCAUCCAGGCUUACAACAACCAAAACAACCCCAGCAGUUCCAGAGGGAAGAAAUCCAAAGCGGGCUCAAACAAAAGCAGUGCCAGUAGCAAGUCGGGAGAUGGGAAGAACUCGGUCUGGAUUUAACGUUGACUCAGUUGAUACGCUGUGGUUUUUUCCCCUAGUUUAUCAUAACCAGCAGUCCCAUGAAUAAUGGCUUCCAUUAAGGGAAUAUUUGACUCUGCUGAUUUUCAGGGAUACCGUUGGCUCGUGAUUCAGCCCCAGAAAGGGUUUAUACACUGAUUCUAGGACUUUAGAAUUUUAUUCUUUUGUCUUCCAAGUCAGGAGACAAAUAGGUAUAUUUAAUUCAUUCUCAUUGAACGGUUUAUGCUGUAUGUACAGUAUUACAGUACAUUUAUUAUGCACAAUUUUUUUUGUAUUUGUACACUGGAUCUGAUGUUACACUUUUUAUAUCAACAAGGACAAAGCAAUGGAUAGCCAUUAGCAUUUUGUUAAUUUUAUUAUUGUUGUCUGCAGUUACGUCAUUGUUCUUCCUUGUUUUCCAAGUAAAACUUUUUAUAAAACUUUUC